AUGAGCGCGCGGGAGCCAGCAAGAAGUGGGACAGUGUUCAGUAAUCGUGCCGCGGUAUUGCGCCAUCCGCCGCGACCGUCGGCGGGCGAGGGACAAGUAUUUCCAAGAAUAUCCUCACCUCAAGAGUCCACCGGUGGCACCAUGAUGGGCCUAACGAGCAUCGGCCAGCCCGAUGAUGUCAGACAGCCGGCACAGGCUGCCGUCGGUGACGGUGGCGUCGUCAUGCGCCGGCGAGUGAUCGAUCUGGAUAAGAACCGUAUCAAGUGCAACCGAAACCGUAUCUGGCCACGGCCAUCCAGUUUUCUCAGCUUCUUCAAACAGUCGCUCGGUUCUUCCAGUGGACCAUCGGCGGGGGAGAGUGUUGCUGGAACUCCUCCUCCACCUCCUCGUCCACCGAUAUCAAAUGGAGUUCCUAAUGGCACCGAACCGGUCGUGGAGCCUCGAGGCGACUCCAAACGAGCCACCGCCCAACAGUUGGACCUCAAUAUGAUCCGCAAGCUGGAGGAGGAGAUUUACAAGCGUGGUCGGGAGCAGCGGCCCGAUGCGGAAGCAAGAGACUUCCACGAGUUCUACUUCAAUCAUGGCCGGCGCCAUUCGGGCGCCGAGCGGAAGACGUUCGCCAGCGAAACGUCCGCUUUCAACGGCGAUAACCAUCGGGCGGUGUUGCUAGUGGAUUCGAACGCACUCGAGCCGAUACUGUUGAAGCGUCCCCUCAGUACCGAAGAGGCGGCACUUCUUCAGGAUCGACAAGAAGCUGCGAAAGAGCAAGAUAGCGGUCGCCCACCUGAUGGCGUUGGUGGUGGCAACAAAUCGAUCAUCAUCGUCGAUAACUCCGAGUUCUAUCCCGUGCUGAUGCGGUACGACAUCAACUCGGAGGAGAUCGAGCGCCAGGCACACCAGCAGCAGCAGUAUCGGCGGACUAGAAACGAGAAGCUUAAAAUAGACACCACGGGCGGACAGUGUCAACCGCCGUCCUCAUCGACAUCGUCGACGUCGUCGUCGUCUGCCGCGUUGUCGGCCGUUGUCACCAAUCCGCCAAUCCCGACGUCAUCGGCCGGGGGUUUCCCGAUGAAAGCCGACGGACGGUUGUCAUCGACCACUUCCUCCCUGAGUGGCGCAACCACGUCACCGAGUCCAUCGCCAUCCAUUGCGCACCCCGACAAUGGUGGUGGUGGUAGUACCCCUGUAAGCAAUCUGCCAAAAAGUCGUCCCCCGACUAGCUGUAGCUCAUCGCAUCCGGGGCUUCCCCUUGGUGGUGGGAGUGGUGACCGAGGAGCACAGAAGGCAAAGCAGAACCCUCCGCAAAGCCGUACCGCAAAUCUCUUCCAACGGUUUCUACAACAACGACGCAGUCUGAAUCUCUCCGUGCGACGCAGCAAACGGGGACGUCCACCACACGAGUGUCCACACUUCAAGGGUGGAGGUGUGGUGCCAACCCCGGACGUUCCCUUCAGGCGGCCGGUUUGGGGAGAUGUCAUUCUCGCGAGAAGUAGCAACGGUAGCAUCGCCAGUGGACAUAAUAAGGUGAAAUUUGAGUACCUCAAACGAAUGGCCCGGUAUGACUGUGAGGUCGGUCGCGUGUAUAAUUCCCGGGGGAGAAGCUUCCCAAUUGCUGGCCGACUGAGGAGACGUGCCGCCAGUGAGCCGGACCUGGUCUCGAGGCAAAACUGGAAGAGUGAUAGCUUCGUGCAGCAUCUACACGCUCGCCCACACCGCCGUACGCUCUACUGGAGCACCGGUGAUCUCGGAACGCUCGGACGGAUGAUGGAGCAAGGCCGGAACUUUGAGAAUAUCUUCGACAGUACGAGCGACAACCUGUCCGCACGCCUCUCCGCCGUUGGACCCACGUGUAGUUCGAGCUCGUCCUCGGUACCGUUGUGUGGUUCGGGAUCGCUUUCGGGAUCUUCCACGACGACGGGCUCCUCGCAGGGCAGUACGGCUUCCGGUAGUCAACAGCGCGCCCUACAGCGACGCCUCGUGGCCGCCUUAGUCCGGCAGUCGCACAGUAAACCUCCACCAUCUGGUAGCACCUCGGCAGCGUAUAGCGGCUCCGGUUCGAAUUCAUCCGCGUCACUUGCCACCUCCGGGACUCCAGCAGCAAACUCCGGAGGAAAUAUCCUCCGCAAAAAGUCCUCCUCCUUCCGGGGAGUCCUCCGACGCUCCAACACCCCGGACGUAGUCAAUACCUGGGUGUAUCGCAAAAGCUACGAUGGCUCCGGAAACGGUCUAGGAGAGCCCCCGUACCACCGGGGGCACGGUAGCCCACACGCCUCGCCAUCGCGGUACUCGUACGGCAGCGCCGCCAAGAGCCCGCUCCAGCAUUGGCGCACGUCCAGCGCCGGAGCGACCGACUUCAAACGCAACUCACGUCUCCGCAGUUCGGCCGGCGCAGCGGUCCCGGGGGCGGCCGGUGGACACAACCACCACCAGCACCAGCAGCAGCAUCGCCCGCACCACAACAUGGCUGAUCUGAACGUUCCGCGUGGCCACUCGCCGCACUUCAGCCCCUCCCGGCAAGCCACACAAACCGGAGACACCCAAACACUGCACGUUUACCUGCCAAACCAUGGCUUCCGGAUGAUACGCUUCGACGAGGCGUCGGACGUACGGCAGAUCAUCAAUCUGAUCGUCGGCUAUAUGUCGCCGGGGCAGAAGCCAAACCCGCAAAGCUACGCGCUCCGGUUGCGCCACAUGCUUACCAAAGAGGUCCUCUGGAUGCCGCCGGACACGUCGAUGCUGCAGGUGAUGGCCCACAUCUACAACCCGUGCUGCAGCAACGCGGACUGCCCGAACGUGGACAAGAGUACGAUCGCGAAGCGCAUGCAGCAGAAGGCGAGCAGCACGGCGGUCGGCCAUGGGAACAGCGUGUGGAAGGCGGAACUGCGCGUCCGCUACAUCCCGAAGAACCUGAAGGAGCUGUACGAGCGCGAUCGCACCACGUGCCACUUCUACUUCGACCAGGUCAAGCAGGACUACAUCCAGUCGAACGUGCCGAACAUCGAUCCGGAGAUUGCGGUGCAGCUGUGCUGCCUCGGCAUCCGGCACUACUACAAAGACACUAGCAAUACCUCGAACGACCGGAAGCAGCAUCUCGACUACAUCGAGAAGGAGAUGGGCUUCGGCAACUUCAUACCGAAAUCUGUGAUAGAUACGAUUAAGCAGAAGAAUCUGAAGAAGCAGAUCCAGGCCGGCUACAAGAAGGUGUACAGCUACAGCGAAAUGGAGUACAUGCUCAAAUUCUUCGACCUGCUGCGCACGCAGUACACCUUCGACCAGGAGCAGUUCAACGUGCAGCUGAGCAGCAGCUGGAACAUCCGCGUCGAUCUGAUCAUUGGCCCGCACGUCGGCAUCUCGUACUCGGUCAACCCCCAAGCGCCGCCCACGAAAGUGACCGACUUCGAGAGCAUUGAGCGCAUCACGACUAGUGUGCUGCCGACGUCGCUUACGAAAAGUGACCACCAGUCGUCGGGCCGCGGUAAGGGUAAAGACCAACCAGAUCUGACCAGCUCCUGUGGCGGUGGUUCGGGAAGCAACUCGUCCACCGGCGACGGAGGCAGCAAAAAAGACUCGAAGAAGGGUGGAUCGUCCGGCGGGUCGUCGGGCAGCGGCACCGCCAGCCAGUGCGCGUGCGGCGAGAUCAAGACCCAGCUGCGGAUCCGCGUCAACGGCAACAGCGAGGACCUGGCGAUCACUUGUGAUGGUAUUAAGACUUCCGAAAGUAUAGCCGAUCUAGUCGAUGGAUACUGUAGAUUAUUUAACAAUAACGAGACCAGCCUGUGGGAUCGCUCCGUCAUACCAAAGGGUACGCCGCCAACCGGCAACAGCGCCACCAACUCGCUCGAGAAGAGCUCGCAGCUGAAGAAGAGCCUCACGGAGUCGCAAACGUCCGGCGCCGAUCGGCAUGGAUCGCGAUCCUCCAGCGUGGAUCGGUUGAACGGUGCCAACGAGAUGCAAGAUUCCACCGCCGGUCAGCUUCCAAAACCGACGCUAAACGAGGACUACGCCGAGCUGGGUAUGUGCGACGAGGAGGGUGACUACUCGACGCCGGCUGCUCGGGACUACGAGCUCGAACGAACGCAGAUUACGCUGAACGAGAUCAUCGGCGUGGGGCAGUUCGGGGACGUACACAUCGGUACCUGCCGGCUGCCGAACAAGUCCACCCUGGUCAGCAAGCUGAACCAAUCGCUGACGACCGAGUUCGAUGAGCAGUUGAUGCUGGAUAAUGGCAAUGCCGACGCGCAGAAGACUGGCAUUAUUCAGGUGGCCGUGAAGACCUGCAAACCGGACGCGGAUACUACGACCUCGGAGAAGUUCCUGCAGGAAGCAUAUAUCAUGAAAAAGUUCGAGCAUCCACACAUCAUCAAACUGAUCGGAAUUUCCAGUGGUCCGCCGAUCUGGAUCGUCAUGGAGUUGGCCCGUCACGGUGAACUACGAGCAUAUCUGAAGAAGAACGGUCCCAAGCUCAAGCUUGGUACGCUUCUGCUCUACUCGUACCAACUGUCGACGGCGCUCAGUUACCUGGAAUCGAAGAAGUUCGUUCACCGCGAUAUUGCCGCACGAAACGUUCUGGUCAGCUCACCGACGUGUAUUAAGCUUGCCGAUUUUGGACUCUCAAGAUGGGUUGAAGAUCAAUCGUAUUAUACUUCCACCAAAGGUAUGCUUCCGAUCAAAUGGAUGGCGCCGGAAUCGAUCAACUUCCGGCGCUUCACAACCGCCAGCGACGUAUGGAUGUUCGGUGUUUGUACGUGGGAAAUUCUCAUGCUCGGUGUCAAACCAUUCCAAGGCGUUAAGAACUGUGACGUGAUUGGGAAGCUAGAGAACGGUGAACGUCUUCCGCUGCCACCGAACUGCCCGCCCCGCCUGUACUCGCUGAUGUCGCAGUGCUGGUCACUGGAGCCGCUGAAGCGGCCCAACUUUAAGAGUGUCAAAGAAACGCUCUACGAAAUUUUGAUGGAAGAAAGACAUAGUGACUGUGAAACGAUGCGCCGGGAAAAUCGCCGUGUGGCAGCAAUGUCCUGGGGUGCCGGAGACGAUAUGGCACCUCCGAAGCCUGCCCGUGGACCUACAAUGGGUGGCGAUGGUCCCCUUGUGCCGGGUGCACCCCAAACCUACAUCGUUGCCCGCGACCCGACCGUGCUGGCGGCGCUGAUGCGGGAGAACGAGCAGCGGGGCAUCAAUCCGUCGUCCUACACGACACCGGCCUCGCAACAACAGCAGCAUCAAACGCAGCAGCCGUACUACCCGCAAGGCAACUCCAUCGUCACCUACCAGCAGUACCAUGCCCAGCAGCAGCACCAGCAGGCCCUCGCCGCCGAGUACUACCAGCAUCAGCAUCAGCAGCAACAGUACGUGAUGCAACAGUCACAGCCCGCUCUAAUGGGUGGACAUCCAGGGAACUAUAUGGCGUACAGUGGUGGCGUUGCCCCACCCCCACAAACUGGUGGUCAAUAUCCGCAGGCGAACUUUGUCAAAUCGCCCCAGCAGGAAGAUCAACCCCCGGGUGGAGCAAAAUCGCGCAGCCUCGAGCGUAACGUGGGACAGAACAUCGUGUCGGCGUACGCGGCCCGUAUCAAUUCGCUCGAGCGGACACGCCAGAUGAGCAUGGAGUACGGCAGCUCCGUCAAGGCGAUGCGCUCGAAUUCGCUCACCCGCCAGUACAGUGGUGGCAAUCAGUCCGAUCUUUAUCCGGGCGUCGGACAUGGCGUUCGCUCCGCUAGUCUCGAGCGCGGUAAUGGACCCUCGAAUGCUGGCGGUGGUGGUGGUGGUGGGUAUAUGAACCGCAUGGGAAGCCUCGAACGGAACCAGCAGACGCCCACCACCCAGUCAAUCUUCCUGAACUCGAUCAAAGGUGGCAGCCUGGAACGCAACCAAUCGGCCGCGAUCGUCAACGAUAUGCUAAACAGCAAGAUCGCGUACAAGGGUGGUAGUCUGGAGCGUAACCAGCACAUCCUGAUGAGUCGUGGUGGAGCCGUGGGUAGUCUCGAGCGCAACAUGCCCUUCCAGAACUACCGCAGCCCGGUAGCGGCGGCCCCGAAAGAGCAGGAACCAUUCCAGGAAGAAAUCUACGACUUUGGCGGUGUGAACGUAAAGUCUUGCGCUUCGAUCGCGCUGAAGAAGAGCGUCGAGAAGGGCAUGCUGCCACCGAGUUCGUUGGUGGUAUCGCCAGGGCUUCCUGCCAACUCCUCCGGGGCUAACUUUGCCCUCCCACCACCGUACAGUUCGGCCAGCAAGCAGCAGCAAGCAGCAAACCUCCAGCAACAGCAGCAUCAAAUGCAGGGCACCCCACAGCGCGCCCUCUGGGCAGGUGGUGCCCCCGGGCCCGCCAUGCAUCAGCAAAUUUACAUUCAACAAUCGCAAACACAACCCCAACCGGUUCCGCAAGUCGCUGGAAGCAUGAUGGCGUCGUCGUCGUCCGGUGGAGGUUCCGGGCCGAUCAUAGGAAUUGCUUCAUCGCAGCAGGUUCAGAUACCGAUGAAAAUGUCCCACAGCCAAUCGGUGGCCCAUCAAGCCGUUCAACCGAUGCAACCGAUGCAGAUGGCCACAUCGAUCGCACAGCCGGUCCACCAGCCGGUGAUGGGUGAUCAACAAGCUUCGACUUCACAGCAACAGCAACAGCCGCCGCCCGCUCAGCUACAGGAAACGCAACAACAGCUGGAAGAGAAGCUCCGCCGGCAGCAGCAGGAAAGCGAAAUCGACUCCAAGUGGUUGCAGCAGGAGGAGAACAACCUUAAGAAGCGGCUCAGUUUGAUCACGGCCAACACCGCCAACAUGUCGCUCGAACAGCAGCAAUCUGCUCCAACCGGGGCUCCAGUGGAGAGUGGCACACCACCGAUCAACGGCGGAGGUUCAUCCCUCUCUGGAAGCUACCAUUCCCAACAGAGCCCACACUUCUCGCCGCAGAACACCAUGUCCGGACCGCAGAGCUUGGGCGAUCACUAUCCUACCACACCGAAUACGAGCGAUUCACGACCACAUACCCCCGGUUCCAGCGGUGGCAUGAUAAAGUCGAAGAGCUCCUCGAUGGAACGCUGCACCACGCCCCAGUCGGGCGAUGAGAAGUUCGCGGUGAAGAAGGUCGAACCAACCAAAACGAUGCCACUCGAUCGGACGAACGAUCAGGUGUACACCGCCACCACCAGUGUGGUUAAGUCGAUUAUGGCCCUCAGCCAGGGUGUGGACCGAGCGCAGGCACCGGAAUACCUUAACCUGGUACGAAACGUCGGGUUCGAGCUGCGUGCACUGCUCGGUGCAGUCGAUCAGCUGUCGGCCAACUUCCCGCCACAGCGUUAUAAGGAAGUGGAAAUGGCACACAAAGUAUUAUCCAAAGACAUGUACGAACUAGUUACAGCCAUGCGGCUGGCGCAGCAGUAUAGCGAGACGACGCUAGAUGCCGAGUACCGGAAGAGUAUGCUAGCAGCAGCUCACGUACUAGCGAUGGAUGCCAAAAACCUCCUCGAUGUGGUCGACUCCAUAAGAGUGCGCUACCCGAACCUCUUCCAGCGGCAACCGAGCGUCCCGACAAGUCCCACGCAACGCCAACACGCCACGGCCAACAGUACGGGCCCGUCCGCUUCGUCAGUCCAUCCGUCCAGCGUUCCCAUGGCAGGAGCAUUCGCUCAGCAGCAACAGCACCAGCCGUAUCUGCAGCAGCAGCAGCAUUCCUUCGAUCAGUCGCAGCUGCUCAUGAUGGGCGAAUGCUACCAGAACCUCCAACCAAAGCAACCCCUGCUGGCGCACAGCUCCCCGCCAACAUCACUCACACAUUCCUUCGACACGUCGGUGGCGGCCGCCGGCGGCAUGGGUGGACAGCAGAGUGGCAUCUACGAUAACGAAUGUAUGAUCGGCCAGCAGCAGCAGCAGCAACAGACCGCCGACGGAGGGAAGCUCAGGAAACCGGCUAUAGCUGCCAAACCACCAUCGGUCGUUGCGAUGGCUUCGGCGAAACUGAAACCGGCUGGUAUGAUGUCGUCCGAAGGCACCCUUCCGGAGGGUGUUUGUGAGAUGUACUCAAACACCGGGGCGUCCGGAGCACCGUCCUCGAACAACGCAAACGGCGCUGGACAGCUAGACAUCAAACUUCCCGAUCCCGUUUCGUGUACGAUCGUGCAGGAAAACCUUCUGGCCGCCAACAAUCAGAAGGUGAUGGCCACAAACAAGCUGAGCGGUUAAGGGCAACAACACUUUUACCCUCCACAGUGUGGGGGUAUUUUCUUUUUUACUUUUCAAAGACAAGCAGUGGUCCCAACCUCAACCAAGGGAACCCCGUUCCUACAUUCUUUAACCACUUUUAUUGCCCACGGUAGGGACAAUUACAUUUUCAUUUCAUCGCGUAUCUCAUAUACUCAAUUAUUUUCUGAACUACGGUGAACUUUUGUUGUGAAUAGUAAAAGUAGUCAAACGGUCGGGAAGCAGACGAACGUCGUCUGAGACUUGUUCUAGAAUUAGCUUGCCUGUACGCGCGUUGAACUGAAUGUUGGAAGAUGGUUUAAAAUUGCCCCAAAAGCGGUGGCAGUUCGACAGAACUAAGAGAACGAUAUAAAGUCGGAAUUAAAUAAUAAACAGUGUAAUCGCUAUCAGUAUCAGUCAGGAAACACAUUCACUAGCCGGAAUAGAGCAUGAACGUCAGGUCGGGUUUUCCAUAUGAGAAGAGAUGGCACGAGUUAAAUCGCCACCAUAUGUCAGUAUGGCCAAAUCCACAGUGCAUUAUGGAUCUGGGUGCACACAUGCUAGAAUUAAUGGUCCGUUUUAUCUAGUAAGGGAAGCUACAGAAAAUCCUCCUGUACGGUCGCGCUAAAUAUUUGUAAUGCGGAUGAGUUAUAAUAUUUGAUAAACACCCAAGCUGACGUUAGGAGAUAUUCCGCGCGUGGUAUGAUUCGUGCGACAUAAUGUCAAUAAAGUGAAAUUGUGAACAAAUGAAUAAUGAAACAACCGCCAGUGCUGAUUUGAAUCUGCUUUAUUGCAACCAGAACCAGGCGUUUGCCUCGCGUCAUCGAGCAAUCAAUCUGAACAGUUCUUUUUCUGGAAAACAAAAGUUUGUAGCCUUUUCUCUUUUGCUUAGCCGCAUAUUUUUUUGCUUCUUUUGCAAUCGACCUAAUAACGAUCGUUAUAUUUCUUACCCGAGCACUGAGAGGAAUUGUUCCUAACCGAUAACUAACCACCAACUCAAAACUUACAACACAAUCAAGAAAGAUAGAAAAUUAAACUACAAUGCAGUAGAAACAAUAGAACUCAACUUUAGAUGCCACCGUUUUAUCAUAAAGGAAAUUACGUUGUGGCAAUAGACACUUUUUGCUGAAUGUAAACGUUUCGAACCAUUUUACACAGUUUGAGUAGAAGCAAAUAGUAACGACGUACUUGUUCCGCUUUUUUUACGUCUUGUUGUCCGUAACCCCUCUUACUAAUGCGCGACACCACAUUCCACCGUACCGUAAUGUGCAUUUCUAACCGACCAAAAACUGACAUUCGUUCGUUUGCGCCAUUCAACCACCAACCAAUAAGAUAAAUGUAACCGCUGACUGCUAAUGCUUUUAUGUUUAAGAAAACACUAUAUAUGUAGCCUAGGGGUCUAACAACUUUAAAUAUUAGAACAAACUGUGACGGUGGGAAGGCGAAAAUCUAUGCAUGUACGUAUGCCCAUUUUAUGCGUGAAUGUGUGAGUGUUUUGUUUGGCCGUUUUCCUUUUUGGUCCAACUAUUUAUCUACCACAAGGGGAUCUAUCUACUCAAUAACGUGUUUCGUGUUAACGAUCUGAAACCGGAUCUGCAUCCCAAUGCUAACAUUUUCUGGGAAUGGAAAAACAUAUACCAUGGACGUGUACGAAGAAGUCAUGCUACUCAACUACUAAACGCAUCUACGCUAGCAAAAAAGCCACGCAGCUUCUAACAACGCUUUGAUAAAAGCCAAAACCAGUUUAUACGCAAUAGCUAAUCACAAUGGAUCUAACUUCAUUCUUAACCGCAACAUAUUAAAUAAGUUUGUACAUAGGAAAAAUAGAAACAUGGUAUGGAUGUAUUUUCCAAGUUCAUUUUACAUUUUUAUUAUAGGUUUCCUCCUUCAAACAAGUAAACUUUGUGUAAUAAAGAAUGAUCUCGAGGAACUUUUCGAUAAGUUUCUUAUGUGCUUCAAUUAGAGCAACCGGAGUGGUUAAUUUAUGAGAGUUCGCUUGUUAUAUUAUCUAACCAAUUAAUAAAAUCUGCGUAACACAUGCGAGUAGGAAUGGCAGGCAAGAAGGAAGCCGGUGGUGGUUUGUAAUCAAAAACUGAAAACACAGGGAAAAUUGCUACAAAACAACAAAUCUAAUCAAUCCACAGCAUAUAACACUAACGAGCAGCUUGCAGGGAUGGUAGAAUGCAGGAGGUUUACUAAUGUCGUGAAUCCGGAUUAUCAGCUGAUCAAGUAGUACUUUUCAAACAAACCCUCCAAUCCCUUUUUGUAGGUUCGCCAAUCGAUCAUUCUACUCAUUAAUAAAGCA